AUGAUUUCAAACUCCGUAAUCAGUCCUAGCCGUUGUGGUACAGUUGCACCUAAAGCUUACAGUGUCUAUGGUGGUUUUGGAGAAAAGACCCGUAUCUCUACCUGCUCUUUCCGUUCAAAUACUUGCUCUCCUUGUCCACCUUACAAAACUGACGGAGGAUACGGAUGUCAUAUUGGAAAAAGUGGAAGAUUUAGCGCAAGUAUCAUGACUGGAGGAUGUUAUGACUACCUCCAGAAGAGCGAGAAGGCCACCAUGCAAGACUUGAAUGACCGUCUGGCAUCAUACCUUGAUAAGGUGCACUUUCUGGAGGCUGCCAAUGCUUGUCUGGAGAAGCAGAUCCGGGAGUACUAUGAAAAGAAGGGGCUGAUCUGCCAGAGGGACUACAGCUGCUAUUUCAAGACCAUCGAUUGCCUUCAGGAAAAGAUUAAAGACGCUACCGUUAGCAAUGGCAAAAUCCUUCUGCAGAUCGACAACGCUAAACUAGCUGCUGAGGACUUCAAGAUAAAAUAUGAGAAUGAGGCAAUGAUACGGCAGUGUGUAAAAGCUGAUGUCGAUAACCUGCGUUGCAUACUCGAGAAGACGUGCCUGGCGAAAGCGGACCUGGAGACCCAGAUCUGUGCUGUACAGGAGGAGCUGUUGUAUCUGAAGAAAACUCACCAGGAAGAUGUGGCAGCACUACUGUGUCAGCUGACAGACACAAAAGUGUGUGUGGAAGUGGACGCUGCUCCUCAGCAAGACCUGAAAAAGGUUUUGAGCGACAUUCGAUGUCACUACGAGACCAUCAUAGACAAACACUGCAGAGAACAGGAGUGCUGGUUCAAAGAGAAGAUGGCAGGUCUGUGUAAAGAUGCUGCCACCGACACAGAGUGCCUAGAAACCUCCCUAGCCCAAAUCUCAGAUUUGCGACGGACUUCGCAGAAUCUGGAGAUAGAGCUACAGUCUCAAAUCAGCCGGAAAGGAGCGCUGGAGUGCUCACUGUUGGAAACAGAAGCUAGGUACAGCGCGAUGUUAGCGGGUUUCCAGAAACACAUCGACGCAUACGAGGCAGAGCUUUGUCAGGUGCGCAGCGGCAUUGAGCAGCAGGGCAGAGACUAUGCUGCGCUCCUGGACAUCAAGAGCCGUCUGGAGCAGGAGAUCGCCACCUACAGGUGUCUCCUGGAAAAGCAGGACAUUAAGUAA